GUAUUGAUACAGGCGAAUGUUGAUAUUUCCCUCUUUAUCUGCAAUCUUUCAUGGCGUGAUUUGCCCGGUUUUGAGCAUUUAAACACACAGCAGACCUCAUCUGUGCUGCUGUCCAAGGGCAUGACCUGGAACAUUGAGAUCAAAAACUGGCACGCUGUUGCGGCAUGGACCUGGGAUGCAGGCGAUGAUGUUUGUGGGAUAUGCCGUAUGCCAUUUGACGGAUGUCCCCCUGAUGGCAAGUACCCAGGGGAGGACAGUCCUGUCGUGUGGGGUGUGUGCGGGCAUGCCUUUCACCUGCAGUGCAUAACCAAAUGGUUGUCAGCACAGACAGAGCAGCGGUGUCCAUUCUGCCGACGCAACUGGGAGUUUAAGGCUGCUGCAACAGCUGAAGGAGGUCCAGGAGCCAAUCAGCAGGCAGCUUGAGCUGCCACACAGGACUUGGAGGUCCCCAAGAGUCAGCUUUCGCGGUAGCUACAUUAGCUACAUUGAGACUCUAGACCUGUCCCGGCAUUCGAUUCAUACCUUGAGCUGUCUUGAGGGGAAGAAUUUCCUGGGAUCUCAAAGCGGUGAAUGACUUCUAUUGUCUCCUCCUUGCCCAGAUUGUCCUUUAGUCCCAGACCAGAAGAUGGGGAGAUGAGGGUAGAUGGUGCACUGCAAGCACCAGAUAUAUCGCAG